UGGAUAGGAAGUUGAAUUUGUGAUGUGCUCAGGAGAUAAACAAGGACUUCUCUUUAAGUUGUUCAACCUUGCCUUAUGCAUGACAGCAGUAAAUGCUCUUCAGAAGUGUUUCAGUGGCUGUAAAGUGGUUUGAGGUCUUGAAAGGAAUACGUACGGUGCUGUACAACUGGUUUGGCCCACUGCUCAGCUUAGAACUGCAUAAAAGAGGAUCAGACAAGGGUCUGUCACCCUGGAAGAUAGAUUUUCAGCGAGUCGAGACUGCUUUGUGAGAAGAGUGUAUCACAAUGGCUACUGGCACAACCCACAGCUUGCUAACCUAUAUUGAAGAAGAAAAUGUCACUGCUUUCAAGGCAUUGCUAGAGAAAUACAAAGAUGUGGAUGAAAGAAAUGAGAGCGGGCAAACUCCAUUAAUGCUAGCAGCAGAACAAGGGAAUUUGGAGAUAGUGCAAGAAUUGCUUAAGAAAGGAGCCAACUGUAACCUGGAAGAUGUUGAUAACUGGACAGCUCUUAUUUCGGCUUCAAAAGAAGGACAUCUAGAAAUUGUGAGCGAACUUAUCAAUUUCAAUGCGAACUUUGAGCACAGAGAUAUGGGUGGCUGGACUUCUCUGAUGUGGGGAGCGUACAAAGGUCAUAUAGAAAUUUCAAGACUUCUUCUUGAGAAAGGUGCAAACCCAAAUAUUACUGGACAGUACAGUGUUUACCCUAUAAUUUGGGCAGCUGGACGAGGACAUCAUGAAAUUGUUAAACUACUUCUGCAGCAUGGUGCUAAAGUUAACUGUUCUGACAAAUAUGGAACAACUCCAUUAAUAUGGGCUGCCAGAAAGGGUCAUCUUGAGUGUGUGAAGCAUUUGUUGGAAAUGGGUGCAGAUGUUGAUCAAGAAGGAGCGAACUCCAUGACAGCUUUAAUAGUGGCUGUUAAAGGUGGCUAUACUGAAGAAGUGAAGGAAUUGCUAAAUCGUAAUCCAAAUGUCAAUUUGACCGAUAAAGAUGGAAAUACUGCUUUGAUGAUUGCUGCAAAGGAAGGUCACAUAGAGAUUGUUCAGGAUCUGUUAGAUGCUGGCACUUAUGUCAACAUCCCUGACAGGAGUGGAGAUACUGUACUAAUUGGCGCUGUUAAAGGUGGUCAUGUGGAAAUCGUGAGGGCUCUACUUCAGAAGUAUGCUGACAUAGAUAUUAAAGGAACGGAUAAUAAAACUGCUCUCUACUGGGCUGUGGAGAAAGGAAAUGCAACAAUAGUAAGGGAUAUUCUUCAAUGCAACCCUGACACAGAAAUCUGCAUCAAGGACGGUGAGACUCCUCUCAUUAAAGCAACUAAAAUGCGGAACAUUGAGAUAGUUGAACUUUUAUUGGACAAAGGUGCUAAAGUCUCUGAAGCAGAUAAGAAAGGGGACACUCCACUUCACAUUGCGAUCCGUGGACGAAGUAGAAAAUUGGCAGAACUGCUCCUGAGAAAUCCUAAAGAUGGACGUCUUCUAUACCGCCCUAACAAAGCCGGCGAAACCCCAUACAACAUAGAUUGCAGUCAUCAGAAAAGCAUUUUGACCCAGAUAUUUGGAGCAAGACAUCUCUCACCUUCUGAGACGGACGGAGAUAUGCUUGGUUAUGAUCUGUAUAGUAGUGCAUUGGCAGACAUCCUAAGUGAGCCAACAAUGCAGCCACCUAUUUGCGUUGGUCUUUAUGCUCAAUGGGGAAGUGGAAAAUCAUUUCUUCUGAAAAAACUUGAAGAUGAAAUGAAGACUUUUGCUGGGCAGCAAGUGGAAGCCCUUUUCCAGUUCUCUUGGCUGGUGGUAUUCAUUACACUCUUGACCUCUGUGGGAACAGGCUUACUGCUUGGCUUUGCAAUUGAUCUGAAGCUUGGCAUAGCAGUUGGAUUGAGUUUACUGGCACUAAUUUAGCACUUGGAAUGAGUUUACAUAUUUUUUGCAAUUAUUUACUUUGGCGGUCGGCAAGAAGGAGAAAAUUGGAAUUGGGCCUGGGUAUUGAGUGCCAAACUUGCUCAGCAAAUUAGCUACCUGGAGCUGCUGCUUAAAUUAAUGUUUGUAAAUCCACCAGAACUACCAGAACAAACUUCCAGAGCCUUACCUGUCAGGUUUCUUUUUACAGAUUACAACAGAUUGUCCAGUGUUGGCGGGGAAACAUCGAUGGCUGAGAUGAUUGCAACUCUUUCAGAUGCUUGUGAAAAAGAGUUUGGUUUUCUGGCAUCAAGACUUUUCAGAGUCUUCAAGACUGAAGAUACACAAGGAAAAAAGGGAGUGAAGAAAUGGAAGAAGACCUGUUGUAUUCCAUCAUUUGUCAUCUUUAUUUUUAUCAUGAGCUGCUUUAUUGCCGGUGUCUUACUGCUGGCUGUUUUCAAGGCAGAUGAGGAGCAGCUGACAGUUAAUGCCAUUCUGAUAUCUAUUGUUUGCAUCAUUGGUCUGGCUCUAGUUCUGAACUGCCACACAUGGUGGCAGGUGCUAGAUUCUGUCCUUCACUCUCAGAGAAAUCGUGUUUUACUUGCAGCUUCGAAACUUCACAAAUUAAAGCCUGAAGGUUUUAUGAAAGUUCUAAAGAAUGAAGUGGAACUUAUGGCCCGGAUGGCCAAGUCGAUUGAUGGCUUUACUCAGAAUCAAACGCGACUUGUGGUUGUUAUAGAUGGAUUAGAUGCAUGUGAACAAGAUAAAGUCCUCCAAAUGCUUGACACGGUGCGUGUUCUGUUCUCAAAAGGUCCAUUCAUUGCCAUUUUUGCCAGUGACCCCCACAUCAUCAUAAAAGCAAUCAAUCAAAACCUGAACAGUGUUUUAAGAGACUCGAACAUAAAUGGGCAUGACUAUAUGCGGAAUAUAGUCCAUCUGCCCGUGUAUCUUAACAGUCGUGGGCUUAGUGCAAAGAAGGUUUAUGCAGCAGUGCCAUCUAAUGGAGAUGUGGGAAACUCAGAUUACACAAGUUGGCAUGAAGAUAAUGAUCGAAAACUUUCACAGCACAGCCUAGGGGAAUUAACCAAACAUGGUAGUAAAACAGCACUGAAUCGAAGGGAUACAUAUCGUCGACGGCAGAUGCAGCGUCAGGUUACAAGGCAAAUGUCUUUUGAUCUAUCAAAGCUGUUGGUUACUGAAGACUGGUUCAGUGACAUUAGUCCACAAACCAUGAGGCGAUUGCUCAACAUUGUCUCAGUAACAGGGCGUUUACUGAGAGCAAACCAAAUUAGUUUCAACUGGGAUCGCCUUGCCUCUUGGAUAAAUCUCACAGAACAAUGGCCAUAUAGGACCUCUUGGCUUAUUCUAUACCUGGAAGAGACAGAAAGUGUUCCAGAUCAUCUCACCUUGAAAAGCAUUUAUGAAAGAAUUUCCAAAAACAUACCAACUACCAAAGAUGUGGAGCCACUUCUUGAAAUUGACAGUGAUAUUCGUAGCUUUGAAGUUUUCCUGUCUUCGAGAAUGCCAAUUCUUUCAACUCGGGAUGUCAAAAUAUUUUUACCAUGCACCGUGAAUUUGGAUCCCAAACUGCGGGAGAUUAUUGCAGAUAUUCGAGCAGCCAGGGACCAAAUGUCGACAGUGAAUAUCACAGGAAUUCCUUUCCCUUCACUACCUUUGCAGGAAGCUCCACCUCGAGCUGUGUUUAGCCAGGCACCAUCAGUCUGCUCCUCUUCCACCUCAUUCAAUGGUAAUGUAAUGUCACCACAGCAUCCUAGCAGCUUGUAUAGUGGCAUGGUGGGCCAACAGCACCCAUUUUAUAACCGGCCAUAUUUUGCCCCUCAUAUUUGUUACCUGCCAAGGCAAUACUUUGGCAGUUUGCAGCAUCCCAUCUCAUGUUCAUCAACUAAAUCCAAUCUGUCAAGAGAACAGAACAGUAAUCUAGAGGUGAUCGAGGAGGCUGCUGAUGAGGGGCUUCCUUCCCCCACUGACACCUCACUGCUUAAAUUAAAGCAGGUGGCCAGUUCUAUUGCAGCAGCCUGUACGACAACCCCACUCAGUUCAAUGAAUGUGGAUGCUAUUUGUGAAAGACUUAGACAAUUGGAAGGAAUUGACCAAGCAAUGAUGCUUCAGUACAUUUGCACUAUCAAAAAGGCAAACAUUAAUGGAAGAGUAUUAGUUCAGUGCAAUCUGGAUGAACUAAAGAAAGAACUAAGCAUGAAUUUUGGUGACUGGCAACUUUUUAGAAAUAUGGUGUUUGAAAUGCGGCAUUUGGAUACUCAAGUACUUCAAGAGGAAAUACGAACUGCCAGUGAAAAUGUUCCAACACAAGCUGAUCGCACCAGCCUUCAUGCAACUAACAGCGAUUAUGCAGGAAACCCUGAAGUUCAAGGACAUUGUCCACAGGAAACUUUCAGCUUAAGUUUCAGCUUUGAAGAGCUGACAGGCGUUGAUGUUGAAGAACCAGUAAGGCACUCCAAUUCUGGAUGGCAGCCUCAAAGGACACCAAGCCUUUCCAGCAUCAACUCUCUGGAAUCUUCGAAUGGUCUUACCAGGCUCACUGAUAAGCAGCAGGCUGAGUACAGAGAUGCCUACAAAGAAUAUAUUGCCCAGAUGGCACAGUUAGAUGGUCCAUCCAGCUCCACAGCUGCCAUCACUGAUGAAUCUAAUCUCUCUAUGUCCCACGGUGCUGGUCAGUUUUUUAUGGGGAAAGGGGCAACUUCCUUUCAAACAAGUUCCGAACAAGAUGCAGAGCAGAAACAACACGAUGACAAAAAAUCCUUUGCAGCAGAUGCAUCAUUAUUGGAUCCCAUCACUGAAGAAGAUGAAAAGCCAGAUCCUUCAACAAUUAAGCUGCUCUCUAGGAAAGAAUUUUCAGAUAGAGUGAAUAUCUUCCAAGGAACAGAUUUAACAAUGAAGGGCUUACAUUAUAAGAAAUUACCCAGUGAACAAGAUGAAUCCCAUCAAGAAGAAGCAGAUUAUACUCCACUGCUUAAAGACGGAACAGUAAAAGAGAAAAGUGAAAAACAGAUGAAUUCCACUGAUCAUGAAAAUGCUGCUGCCAAAUCCCUGAUCAAAUCAAACGAAUAUCUUUCUGAUGCUAUGCUUGACAAAAAGGAUUCAUCAGACUCUGGGGUUAGAUCCAAUGAGAGUACACCAAAUCACUCACUCCGAGAUGAAAUGGAAGACAGCCAGCUGGAGAAAACAAAUUUGAUUGAAUUGGAGGAUGAUCCAUCCAAAGAUAAGAGAGGUAUUCCCAACAGUCUCAGUGGUCUACAAGAUCCAAGUAUUGCUCGAAUGUCCAUUUGUUCUGAGGAUAAGAAGAGCCCCACUGGUUCAACCUCUGAAUGCAGUCUGAUAGCCAGUAGUCCUGAGGAAAACUGGCCUGUAUCUCAAAAAGCAUUUAAUGUAACCAACAUGAAUAGAACCGCAAGUACAGAGACCCUCAAUAACAACAGCAAUACUUCCAGGCUGCAGAAUGCAGGUGAAGACGAGACAAAAGAAUUUUUGGAAACAGCCGGUGACCCCGAGCACAUGGGAAAAAAUGCAUCUCGAGUUGUCCAUCCCACACCAGGCUCAGCAAUGAGCAAAGUACCAGUCCAGAAUGACAUGUAUGCAGCCUCAUUCAAGAAUGACAACCUACGAGGUCUAGGUGUAAAACGGUGCCUCGCUUCCAAAGUUCCUUCAAAUUUUAUUAAGCACACAAAGAGCUCCACCUCAUCUGAGCUGCGUGUAGUUGGUCCAAGUGAUUCCUAUGGAGAAGAACGGGAGAGCAUCCUGUAAAAGAAGCAAGAUGAUCUGUCAAAAUCACAAGUUCGAUAUAGAAAUUUAUUUGUUGCAUCAUUAGGCAUUCCACAUCCAGUCUGUUUUGUUAGAGCAUACCUCAAAUCAAGUAUUAGAUGUAUCGUAUCAAGAAAGUAUUGUGUGUAGUGGUAUUGGUAUUACAGUGGUAUUGUUUACUGUUUGUGCAUAAAAAAUAUUGAGAUUCUGAACUAAAUUGAUACUUUGUGAUUGCAAGGCUGGUAUUUCUCAAUGUCAGUGCUGAGUGUAAAUGUGGUCAGUAUUUAUUGCCAUGUGUAUUUUUAAAAUGUAUAUGAAAAUUAGCUUUACAGUUAUACCUUGUGUUUGUGUUGCUUGUAUAAAACAUCUUGAUUUUAGAUGUAUUGCACAGUUGAGCAGUGUCUGUGAUUUGUGUUUUUGACAGUCAAGUUUAUUAAAUAAAUAUUGUAUUUUCAAUAUAGUAAUAAAUGUUAAUAUUACAUUAUUUAGUGUCAAAAUUUCCUACUAUACUGAUUUGUAUUUAUGUGAUCUUAUAAAAAGUAUUGUCUUUUGUGUAUAUGUUGAAAUAAAUAGUUAUGGUGAUAA